AUGUCCACGCCACUCUGCGCCAGUAGUACUUGUGUUUUUUCCACCCACACCUUCUACUUCCCCUCCAAGUUUCUUACUAGGAACGGCGUCUACAUUGUGACGAAUGUGCUGUGCGUGGCGAGCUUUUCCGACAGCACUGUGCACUUGAAGAUUGCCUUGCCGGAGGACUUGAGCCGGAUGCAUGUACUUCCAGAGAAGAAAGCUGUCCUCAAAAGGCGCGGUGAGCGUACCUACUUCACGUGCACGUGGGAUGUGCUUAGUCCCUGCGUGGACACCGCUAACGGCAAGAACAGGGACUGGAAGUUGGCAUCGGCUGGGUUUCACGCUUUGAUCCGCGACGGCGCCGAAAGCAGGGCCCCUGUUGAUAUCGAACUGGCUCGUGAGACUCCGCCAACAGAGAGAGCGUGGGCCCAUACAUGUUUUUUGUGA